AGCUGAGCAUGAACACUAACUGGGACUCAUAGAGACUUUUUUCUUUCUCCGUGCAAAGUUCGCACUCCUGGCCAACUGAACUCUCCCUGGGAAAUGAGCCAAACUCACCGAGACUUAUCUGGGGGCAGGAUUUGGCCACAGGGGGAGAAACUACGGACAGGCGACGCUGCCAGCAUGUCGCAAAAAAGUGAAGAAAGUCGAGUUUAUUGCUCCCAAAACUCCUCAGGAAGCGGCGCUGGCAAAGACCCCAACAAUGCAGACGCAAACGUUUACGGAUCCGGGCUCAUGAAUGCACAUGAAGCGUGUGCCAUGGAAAAGUACCGCCGUCAUACAGCUGCUGCUCCUCAGGAGCUGUUCGGCGCUGGGUGUCGUGUGGGCGACAGCCCCUCUUUUUCCGCCUGCGCCACAAUAUCAGAAACAGCCCGAGAGCUGUGCAGAGCUGUGUCCGUGUCUCUGGGGCUCACCAUCGAGUCCAGCGACAUCAGCAGCGACAUGGACGCUGCGCUUCCCCCGUGCGCUGCCGGCGAACACCCCGGCGGGGAAGAUGUGUUCAGAGCCGGGACUGUGCCUCUGAGCUGCCCCGGACCUCCGGCUGCUGCCGCCGGCGGCUACAGGUGCACCGAUAGAGAGGAGCGGCCCGUCAAGCAACUGCUCGAAGUGUUCAAAAGUACCGACACUGCCGCGUCUAUGUACCACUUCAAGUCCACUCGGACAUCCGUGGACGAGCAAAACUUCCCACUGUGCGAGGUUGAUGACAUAACUCCAGCGCGCGCUGCCUCCUGCACUUAUGGCCCGUCCGCAGCGGGCAGUCUGUCUCACUUUGAGCACCCAGCUGCCGAGAGAAGAUGCGGAGAAGCUCGGGAAGCCACGGAGAACAAGUUCACUGUUUAUCAGCCUGAACCCUUCAGCGUCCAGGUCAAGUCUGAGGACAAUGGAGCCGCGGCGGCGGCGGCGGUGCUCUGGUCCGGUGACUACACUUUUAACGACAAGCACAACUCUCAGUUUUGGGGCUCGAGGCACUGCAUGAAUGCGCGUGGCACAGGAGCCAGCACCGCGUUCAUUUGUAAUCCUUACGAGCGAAGCGGCGCGCGCUCCGAACGCUGGUGCCCGGCCGGGAUGCUGAGGCCGACUUUUCCCAACACCAGCUACAUGAAGACUGAGAUGGACGAGUGGCUGGAUGUCUCCUACAACGACACCAGGUUUGAGGCUGGCAGAGAGCACAUGUUCCCCAUGGAGUUCUUCUUUCCACCACAGAGGACGUGCCUGAUCUGUUCAGACGAAGCGUCUGGCUGCCAUUACGGUGCGCUCACCUGUGGCAGCUGCAAGGUCUUCUUCAAAAGAGCUGCAGAAGGCAAACAGAAAUACUUGUGUGCGAGCAAAAAUGACUGCACCAUUGAUAAGCUAAGAAGAAAAAACUGUCCGUCCUGUCGGCUGAAGAAGUGUUUUGAGGCUGGAAUGACUCUGGGAGCACGUAAGCUAAAGAAGAUCGGACAACAGAAAAACCCUGAAGAGGAUCAUCCUGUGCAGGACUCUGCUGAGGUGAUCCAGAACAUGUCUCCUAAAAUGAGCCUGAACUUUAACUCCCAGGUAGUCUUCCUCAAUAUCCUGGAGUCCAUUGAGCCUGAGGUGGUGAAUGCGGGACACGACUAUCGGCAACCGGACUCUGCUGCCACACUGCUCACCAGCCUGAAUGAGCUGGGAGAGAGGCAGCUGGUCAAAGUGGUCAAAUGGGCAAAAGGACUGCCAGGAUUUAGAAAUCUCCACAUGGACGACCAAAUGACGGUCAUUCAGCAUUCUUGGAUGGGAGUGAUGGUGUUUGCUCUGGGAUGGAGGUCCUAUAAGAACGUCAACGGAAGGAUGCUUUACUUUGCCCCAGAUCUUGUGUUCAAUGAACACCGGAUGCACAUAUCCACCAUGUACGAGCACUGCAUACGGAUGAGACAUCUGUCACAGGAGUUUGUGCUGCUGCAGAUCACUCAGGAGGAGUAUCUCUGCAUGAAGGCCCUGCUCCUCUUCAGCAUCAUCCCCGUUGAGGGUCUGAAGAGUCAGAAGUACUUUGACGAGCUGCGUCUCACCUACAUCAAUGAGCUGGAUCGGCUCGUUAACUAUCGAAUGGCGACCGGUUGUUCUCAGAGGUUCUACCAACUCACCCGACUCCUGGACUCUCUCCAGAUGACGGUGAAGAAGCUGCAUCAGUUUACAUUUGAUCUUUUCAUCCAGGCUCAGUCACUCCACACCAAGACUUGGCUGCGGACGGAGGGUUAACUGCUCGCUCUCCUCUCUGCGUCGGGGGCCGCUGGAGCAUAGCCAGGGCCCGGGCUAACCAAGUGGACUGGAUCACGUGACUGAAACUGUGCAGCCCUACAGCAUACACAGAGAGGACUCCUCAUACCUUCUCUGUGGGCGGAUGUGGUCUUUGGA